AUGUUCAAGCCUGUUGUGGUCAUUUUGAAUGGAAAAAAAGCUGCAGAUGAGGCUGGUCCUGAGCUUCAUUCGAUACCGUGCAAGAUUCAGCAUACUGGCCAAGCCAAUGUGAGUUCUUACUUCCUACGGGAGAAGCACGACGGAGGUAAUGAAAAGUCGACGUUUCGAGGACGUUUUUUAGACGGCUGUUUUAUGAAGGUUCCACCGCAUUACAAACUUUACACGCUGAGGGAAAGGAGCAACAAAACUGACCAUUCUUCGUACGAUGUUGAGAGGUCUAUAGACGGUUUUACUUUAUGGGAGUAUGACAAGCUGCCCUCAACAAGCAGUCCAUUGCCCCGUGCAAUAAACGUUUUGAAAAUUAGUGAGGAUCUUGCUGGAGACGACUGA